ACCGAUUCCAAAACCUUCCGCUUACUCCCCUCGCUAUAUAUAUCACCUCUAUCUUCUAUUCUUCUCGCAUAGAAUCCAAAGCUAAAUUCACAAAGCAAGGGACUCGCUCAUUUUCUACAGUGUGAUCGCUGCUGCAUCUUCAAUCGUGCACUCGUUGUCUUCCUUAUUUCUUUGUCCUGAUCGUUUGAUCUGAAAGUGAUGGCGGACGUGCAUAUGGGAUCAGAGUCAGAGACCUUCGCUUUCCAAGCAGAGAUUAACCAGCUGUUGAGCUUGAUCAUCAACACCUUCUACAGUAACAAAGAGAUCUUCCUUCGUGAACUCAUCAGCAACGCUUCUGAUGCAUUGGAUAAGAUCCGAUUUGAGAGCUUAACAGACAAAAGCAAGCUUGAUGCUCAGCCGGAGCUCUUCAUUAGAAUCAUCCCUGAUAAAAUUAACAAAACUCUAUCGAUUGUCGACAGUGGAAUAGGCAUGACCAAAGCAGAUUUGGUGAAUAAUUUGGGGACAAUUGCGAGGUCUGGAACAAAGGAGUUCAUGGAGGCAUUGCAAGCUGGUGCUGAUGUCAGCAUGAUUGGUCAGUUUGGAGUAGGGUUUUACUCGGCUUACCUGGUGGCAGAGAAGGUAAUUGUCACCACAAAGCACAAUGAUGAUGAACAAUAUGUGUGGGAGUCUCAGGCUGGUGGGUCUUUCACUGUCACCCGAGAUGUGAGUGGUGAACCUCUUGGCAGAGGCACCAAGAUCACCCUAUUCCUCAAAGAAGAUCAGUUGGAGUACUUGGAGGAGAGGAGGAUAAAGGACCUUGUGAAGAAGCACUCUGAGUUUAUCAGCUAUCCAAUUUACCUAUGGACUGAGAAGACUAUUGAUAAGGAGGUCAGUGAUGAUGAAGAUGAGGAUGCAAAGAAGGAAGAGGAAGGUGAUGUGGAGGAUGUUGAUGAGGAUAAGGAAAAGAAGUCAAAGAAGAAGAAGGUUAAGGAGGUGACCCAUGAGUGGCAGCUUAUCAACAAGCAGAAACCAAUUUGGUUGAGAAAGCCGGAGGAGAUUACAAAGGAGGAAUAUGCAUCGUUCUAUAAGAGUCUCACAAAUGAUUGGGAGGAUCACCUUGCGGUGAAGCACUUUUCUGUAGAGGGACAGCUUGAAUUCAAGGCUAUUCUCUUUGUACCCAAGAGAGCCCCGUUUGAUCUCUUUGAUACAAGGAAGAAGUUGAACAAUAUUAAGCUCUAUGUUAGGAGGGUGUUUAUCAUGGACAACUGUGAAGAACUCAUUCCUGAAUAUCUGUCAUUCGUGAAGGGUGUUGUGGACUCUGAUGAUCUCCCACUGAAUAUAUCUCGGGAAAUGCUGCAGCAAAACAAGAUUCUUAAGGUGAUUAGAAAGAACCUGGUGAAGAAAUGCAUUGAAAUGUUCUUUGAGAUUGCUGAAAAUAAAGAGGAUUAUACCAAGUUUUAUGAAGCUUUCUCCAAGAACAUCAAGUUGGGCAUUCAUGAAGAUAGCCAGAAUAGGGCUAAGCUUGCUGACUUGCUUAGGUAUUACUCUACUAAGAGUGGUGAUGAAAUGACCAGCUUGAAAGAUUAUGUUACUAGGAUGAAGGAGGGCCAGAAAGAUAUCUACUACAUUACUGGUGAGAGCAAGAAAGCUGUUGAGAACUCGCCAUUCCUCGAGAAACUCAAGAAGAGGGGAUAUGAAGUGCUGUUCUUGGUUGAAGCUAUUGACGAGUAUGCUGUUGGGCAAUUGAAGGAGUACGAUGGAAAGAAGCUUGUCUCUGCUACCAAGGAGGGGCUUAAGCUUGAUGAGGAGUCUGAAGAAGAGAAGAAGGAAAAGGAGGAGAAGAAGAAAUCCUUCGAGAACCUAUGCAAGACAAUCAAGGAGAUUCUAGGAGACAGGGUUGAGAAGGUUGUUGUGUCCGACAGAAUUGUCGAUUCUCCUUGCUGCUUGGUUACCGGAGAGUAUGGAUGGACAGCUAACAUGGAGAGAAUCAUGAAGGCCCAGGCUCUAAGAGAUAACAGCAUGAGCGCUUACAUGUCUAGCAAGAAGACUAUGGAAAUCAACCCAGAUAAUGGCAUAAUGGAGGAGCUAAGAAAGAGGGUUGAAGUGGACAAAAAUGACAAAUCGGUGAAGGACUUGGUGCUACUGCUCUUUGAGACCGCUCUUUUGACUUCUGGUUUCAGCCUGGAUGAUCCCAACACAUUUGCUGCAAGAAUUCACAGGAUGUUGAAGCUGGGCUUGAGCAUUGAUGAGGAUGAGACAGCCGCUGCUGACGAUAUUGAUAUGCCAUCAUUGGAGGAAGAGAGCAACGAGGAGAGCAAGAUGGAAGAGGUCGACUGAGGAGCUAAAAGCACAUAAAUGGUCAAUAAUAUGAGAGAUGUAUUCAAAAGUACAUACGCGUGUGAGGUGUCGUCUUUAAGUGUAAACCCUGCUUGGUUCUGGUCGUGUGGUUUUAGUUUAAGCUUUCAAAGGGUCAUUUGUAGUAGUUUGUCUUAGCCAUCUAUCAUGUUACCCUGUGUGAGAUGUUGCAUCAUAUUUAUCUCUUACCAAUGAAAUCAGAGGCUUCAAAUUUCUCCUUUCAUUUUCA